AUCACAAAAUACCCUAAAACACUUCUUGCUCGCCGUCUUCUCUACUCCCCUCUGCAAAAAAACUCGAGUUGCAGGUCAUCGGAAAAUCGUCGUCUCCUCGGCAACUUCGUCUUUUCUCUUGUUUCUCCUUGACGUUGUUGAUUUUCUUGUGUUCCCCUUUAUUACAACGUUGAAGCCGUCUAAACAUGUCGUCGCUGCGUAAUGCUGUUCCACGGCCUGCUCAUAAGGAGCGAUCUCAACCACAAGCGAGGAAGAAAUAUGGCCUCCUCGAGAAGCAUAAGGAUUAUAAAAGACGAGCUGAAGCUUACCACAAAAAGGAAGCGACUAUUAAGAUACUUAAGCAGAAGGCGGCAUUCAAGAAUCCAGAUGAGUUUUACUUUAAGAUGAUCAAUAGUAAAACACUUGAUGGAGUUCAUAGACCAAAGGAAGAGGUAAAUAAAUACAGUGCAGAAGAGCUCAUGAUAAUGAAGACCCAAGAUAUAGGAUAUGUGUUCCAAAAAUGGCAGAGUGAGAAAAACAAAAUUGACAAGCUUACUGCAUCACUGCAAUGUACUGAGGGUCAGUCGAGCCGUAGACAUGUGUACUUUGCAGAAGACAGAGAGGAGGCAAGAGAACUGGAGUUACAAAAUAGAAGCAAAAGUGAUAUCUCUGCGAUAGGGGUUCCUAAAGAUAUUAAAAAGAAAAUGGAGAGAUCAUACAGAGAUCUCGAGGCACGGAAGAGCAGGGCAAAAGAUUUGGAGAAGUUAUACAUGGAUAUGUCAAUGCAGAAGGAAUUACAGAAAAAGGGCCGCAAACGUAAGCUACGUGAAGACGAGAUACUCAAUCCAAAUGGUAAACCUGUAUACAAAUGGCAGGCAGAUCGAAAACGCUGAAGAAAAAGCUUUCAUGGUUGUCUUCACAUCAUAAUUCUGAUUUCUACUAAAGUUUAUUUGUCAGAGUUUUGUUGUAGAAAUAUACUUUUUUCUCUCUAGAAUUUGCAGAACUUUAUAUGGAAAAUUUUGGAUGGGAUAUUUUUGUUUAGUCAAAAA